AUGUAUGCGAUAUUUUUCACAUGGAUCUUUCUGCUCACUGUUUCGAAUUUAUCACAUGCCGCUCAUAUACGACAUGAAUGGACACUUCACUAUGCAGCAUACAAUCCAGAUGGAGUUUAUCGUACAGUCAUUUCAAUUGAUGAUGGUUCAAACGAAUUCAAAUUUCCUGGACCGACUAUUCGGGCUCAAAAGAAUGAUAUCAUUGAAGUCAUUGUUCACAACGGACUACAUACCGAAAUAACUUCGAUACAUUGGCAUGGUAUUCAUCAAUUAUACACUCCAUGGAUGGAUGGAGUGUCUUAUACAACACAAUAUCCAAUUCUACCGCUUCAUUCAUUCAACUAUACAUUCGUGGCCAACCCCGUUGGUACACAUUGGUAUCAUUCACAUACUGGAGCUCAAUAUGCUGAUGGUCUCUAUGGUAUUCUCAUCAUCGAGGAUCCGAAUGAUCCGUAUAAAAAGUUUCCUGACCUUCCCCUUAUCAUGACUGAAUGGUUUCAUCGCUAUGCCAUCGAUCAAUUUGAUAUCCUUUCCAUUCAUCCAACGGAACAUCAUCACAAAUUUCCGCAGUUUCUAUCUGGUGUUAUGAAUGGGAAAGGUCGCCACAAUUGUUCACUGAUUGAUCAACCACUACUCUUGCUUAAUAUGACAGAACAAGAACAGAAUCAACUUGGUGAUAAACUUCUAUGUGUUCCGAAUCGGCCUUAUGAGCGUUUCACUGUGAUCUACAAUGAAACCUAUCGAUUUCGUCUGAUUGCUGCUGGCAGCGAAUUCAAUUACAAAUUUUCUAUAGAUAAUCACGAGUUAACGGUAAUCGCUAUCGAUGGUGUGUACGUCGAACCAUACAAAGUUCAACAACUCUGGAUUUACAUCGGCCAACGAUACGAUGUUCUUGUCACUAUGAAUCAACGAUCCACCUUAGGUGUUCACUGGAUUCGUGCAGCUAUUACCGCAAACGAUAACAAUCAAUUCUAUGCUAUUCUGCAUUACAAUGAUACAAGAAACGGAACUGCCGAACCACCACAGUCGCCUCUUCCACCGAAUCAAACUUUCUUGCUCAAUUCUAUGUCACUCGUACCGACUAAUGUCAACACUGACUUCUCACUUAAACCACCAGCUUUUAACGAAACGUUGACUGUUAAUGUCACUUGUCUACCCCAAGAUCAUCGUUGUACAAUCAAUUCGGUAAUUAAUAAAAUGUCAUUUGAACCAACAUUGUAUACAAUGUACAUACGUGGUGUUCAACAAACGACUUUGCCCAAUGUAUUCAAUUUGAAACUGAAUGAUCAUGUCAUGAUUGUUGUGAAUAACUUUCAAGAUUUUGGUCACCCAUUUCAUCUUCAUGGUCAUUCUUUUUAUGUGCUCGGUGUGGGCAAAUACAAUGCCUCUGGUACUGGUGAGCAAACCGUAUUUGAUCCCGUACGCGAUCGACACACACUCAACUUUAUCAAUCCACCCUAUCGGGAUACGGAACAAGUGCCUGAAUUAUCUUACAUAGUCAUCGGAUUCAUUACCAAUAAUCCGGGUUCAUGGUUGUUUCAUUGUCAUAUUGCUUGGGAUAUGGAAGCAGGUAUGAUAGCAGUAUUCAAUGUAGCUGCUGAUAAAAUUCCACCACCACCAGUCAAUUAUCCUCUUGUGACCGACUAUCAACCUGGUUCAUCUUCAACAUCAGGAUCCAAUACAAAUACAUCGUCAGCUAAUUCAACUGCUGCAGCUCAAGCUGCUGCUGCCGCCGCUAUGAUGAUGUCUGCUAAUAAUCCUUGGGCAGCUUAUGCACAACAAUGGAAUAGUGGAGCAAAUGGAAUUGGUUCAACAGCAACAAAUACAACAAAUGGUAGCAGUUCAUCAACUGCACCUUCUUCUUAA